UCAUAUUAUUUCUGUUUGCUGGGUUAUAUCCGACAGCAUUGCCAAUUUCGCUCACUUAUUUCACUGGCAGCCACAUAAUAAAGUGGACUAAUAACACGCACAGAUGAAAAAGAGGACACAAUGGCCGCGUUACCGGAGAAUUUACAAGUUGUGAAGACAGAAGGAGCACAAUUGCCGGAAACGGAAGCCCAACCGCGUCGCCUCAUUAAGGAGCGCUUGAAUUUACACGUGAAACGUAGACUCCAACAAGAACACGAACCACAAGCACAGCUCCAGAAAAUACAAAUAAUUACUCACCCUUCUGGAAACACAGCACGAGAAACUUUGGCUAUUGCAGUACCUCUACAGUCACCGCAAUCGUCAAAUGUGAACGUGAAUUUUGCAUCAAACGACGUCACCCCGGCGACAUCAACACCGAAAAGGAAAGAGAAACAACAACAGAAGGAACCAGUCAAAACACGAAGGCCCUAUCAAAGGCGAGCGGACAAAAACACUACAAAUAUACAAACGCAAAUGCAAAUAAACGUCGAAGAUGGCGCAAGAACUGGAAGAAGUCGUAAAAACAAACGUCACAAGCAGCAGGGACUAUUGGCUGGUAUAACAGUGCCAUCGGUAGGUGGCAAUGCAGUGCCGAGUGGUGGUGCCGGCGCUUUAUGUUUAUCGCCCGGCGUUGAGGAGGGCAGUGGUGGCGGCAUCGAUGAAAUGGAUGGGCGAGAUAUUUGUUCACGCGAUAAAGAGAAGUGCCCUGAUAUUUUAGGUAUGGUGUUGAGCGGCAAGAAACGUGCCUUGAUGCAAAAUGCAGAAGUUCAAGAAUUUUUAAGUGCAAUAAUGUCAGCAUUUAAGAAUUAAAAAUUUAAAUUCUGAUUAAAAAAAAAUUUUAUAUAUAUUUAUAAAAUCAAUGACAAAACUUUUUCUAUCAUUCGGCUACUGCAAUCGACAAUGUUUAACUAUGUGACCAGAAGCUUCAU